AUGUGCUAUUUUAGAAGCACUGUAAAAUCUAUCCACCUCAUUAUCAUCCAUUUGCCUUUUACAAACAUCAUAACACUUCUUUCAAGAGGCAUGCCAAUGACAAUAUUCAGUUUGGGGUUGAGAAGCCUCCUAGGUGACGUAGCCUGUAAGGUGGUGGUUUAUCUCAGCAGGGUGGCCCGGGGCCUGUCCAUCUGCACCACCAGUCUCCUCACAGUGGUCCAGGCCAUCACCAUCAGUCCCAGAGGUUCUAACUGGGGAAGCCUGAAGCCCAGGUCAGCAUGGCACAUCUUUCCCUUGUUAGUCUUCUUUUGGAUACUUAAUUCCUUGAUUAGCAUGAAUUUGCCAUUUUAUAUUAAACAUAUAAGCAGCAUGAACACAUCAAAAAUUACUAGAAGUGACAACUACUGUUAUUUUCAAUUACAAAACUGGACAGUUGGAUGGAUUUUUAUUGUUCUCAUGGUCCUUCGAGAUGCUGUGUUCCAGGGUGUCAUGGGCUGGGCCAGUGGUUACAUGGUCUUCCUCCUCCACAAGCACCACCAGCACAUGCUCCACCUUCAGACCUCCAAGCUCCUCUACAGAACCCCCCGAGGUGAAGGCUGCGAAGAGUGUCCUCCUUCUGAUGCUCUGCUUUCUCUUCUUCUAUUGGACAAGUUGCUUUAUGUCUUUAUAUGUAACUUUCUCCUUAGAGAAGCAUUUCCUAAAAAGAAGUGCUCUAGAAUUUUUGGACCUUGGCUAUGCAAUCCUCAGCCCAUUUGUGCUGAUGCACAGGGAUGGACACCUGGCUGA